AUGAACAAACUAAAAGUGCGCAAUUUGUGUGUAAUACUCGCCUACAUACUAAGUCAACUGAUCAUAAAGAACAAAUUUCUGUUGGCGCACACUACGGAAAUGGAGUUAAUCAAAACUACUAUUGAACCAGUCUUCACUUGGUCCCCCAAUUGCUAUAGCGAUGAGAAGACUAAAUGUAGCUGCUAUGGUGAUGAUGAUUUUCGUUGUACAAUUGUAGACAGACUCAAUGAUAUUUACAUCGAGUUUUCUUCCAACUUACGGACUCUGGUUGUAAUUUGUUCCAUAGGCACAGAAACUAAUAUAAAUUAUCUACUCGAUCGCAAAUUUCAGUCAAUUUUACUUAAAACCCGUUAUUUGGAAGUGACAAAUUGCAAGAAUUUUACACACGAAAUCUAUAUGAAUGACGAUGUGCGGGAAAUUCUAAUAGACAUGCAGGAGUUGAAUAAAAUAAUACUAGUAAAUAACAAUGACCUUGCUGCAGGAACAAUGGAAUAUUAUGGUGCCGUCAUGAAUAUGCUUCACUUACAAUUGAUUAUUAAAUCAAAUCGUAAUGAAAUCCGGAAAGCAGAUGUUAUAAGCAUACCAACUGACACAUUUUCUACGCUGAACCAACUGGAAACGCUUACGCUUAGCGUAUACAGUCUACGAAACUUUUCGCUGCAAAACUUGACGCAAACACACUUUAAGAACCUCACUGCGCUCAGGCAGCUUGACUUAGCCGGAAAUAAUAUGCAAAUGUUGGACGCAAAUAUCUUUGCAGCGCUAACGAAAUUGAAUUGUCUGAAUUUGAGCCGCAACGAAAUCCGGGAAUUGCCGGAAGAUAUAUUUGCAAAUCAACGUAAACUUUUAAUACUGGAUCUGAGUCACAAUUUAUUGACACAUUUAACACCACACAUUUUCGAUCAAACUCCUUGGCUAUGGCAGUUGAAACUUGCUGGCAAUUUCCUGCACGACACCACAAAUCUCAUGGAAAAUCUCAAACCGCUGCAUUAUCUACAUAGGCUAGACCCGAAAGAUCUUAACUAUAUUAUCAAGUUGCAACCAGAAAUUUACGAAGAUGGCAAGAUUAUCUCGACAGUAAUCAAUUUAAGUGGCAAUCGUUUGCGCGAAUUCAAUUUGGACUGGCUUCUAGCAGCGAACAUUACAUGCCCUUUUGAAAUAAACCUAGAGCACAAUUUGAUUGAAAGCAUUUUUGCUUUACAAAAUUUCUUCGUUACGACUGACGAUUGUGUGCCCGAAAUCAAAAUGACAGGUAAUCCGAUCGUGUGCGAUUGUAAAUUGGCUUGGAUUUACAGUGAAAACUAUCGUUCGUUGUUCAAUGGUUCACAGUGCGUUCAGACGUCAACCAAACUAGUAAAAGAUCUUGCGCAGCUGGAACGUAAAGAACUGUGUGCUUGGGAACCAGUAAUGUGCCCCAUCGAAUGCAAUUGUUACACACAAUUUGAGUUCCUGCACAUCAAUUGCAAGGGUGCGCAACGUAUCGAACAGCUCCCUCGCCCCGAGCAAGUUGGGCUCAAGAGUUCGGUACUCGACAUUAGCAAUAACAAUUUCAUUGUAUUGCCGCUAAACACGGCCUUCGGCUAUGGUAACGUUUCACAACUCAACGCGUCGUACAAUAAAAUCACGAGCAUAAAUAUCAGUCAACUGCCAACCAAUUUGACGGUUUUGGAUCUACGAAAUAAUCGCUUAAAAUCUUUAAAUGAUGAAUUCUUGCGUGCAUACCUCAAUGAGAGUACAAAACUAAAAUUUCUCUAUCUAAGUGAAAAUCCUUGGUUUUGCAACUGUUCCACGCUGCAACUGCUGUACACUCUACGUACACAUCGGAGACGCAUACCCGAUGCAGACCAGUUACUCUGUGUUAAUCUGCUGAACGAUACACUCCUAACAGCAAAUGUGAGAGAAUUGUGUCCAACUCCUGUUAACGUUGAAUAUUAUCAGGACUUGAAUACAACUUUGAUUAGUGUAGGGUUAACCAUAAUUAUUUUUCUCUGCAUUAUCGUACUCUUCUAUAAAUAUAAAUUAGAAGUGAAAGUAUGGUUAUAUAGCCACAACAUAUUGAGAUUUUGCAUUCGCGAAUGUGAGCUGGAUAAGCAUAAAACAUUCGAUGCGUUUAUUUCAUAUGCACACCAGGAUGCAGACUUCGUCAACCAUACAUUGCUGCCGCAACUCGAACAGUGCGAACCACCAUUUCGUGUAUGCACGCACGAACGCAAUUGGCUGGCUGGCGCUUAUAUACCUGAACAAAUCAUCGAAUCGGUGGAACAGUCGCGUCGGACGAUCAUUGUGCUCUCGCAGCACUUCAUCGAGUCAGAUUGGGCGCGCAUGGAGUUUCGCACAGCGCAUCAGUGCUCGUUGAACGAGGGUCGUGCGCGCAUAAUAAUGAUUAAAUAUGGAGAAAUCUCGAAAAGCGAGUUAUUGGACAGAGAACUAAAGGCAUAUUUGGAUAUGAAUACAUAUCUGGAUUGGCAAGAUGUCAGAUUUUGGGACAAAUUACGCUACGCCAUGCCACAUAAAGUGGGUAGAGAGAGGAAUUCCGAUAUGCUAAAAAUUAACGGCAGAAUGUAUGUUAUGGGACAAGCUGAGAUGAAUCGUUUGCGUGACGAAAUUGUUUAAAUUUGUCACAGUUGGGUUGUGGG